CUAGCCUUAUAGGCCUUACCACGUUGGGACCAGCAAAGACCCCAUUCAACCGGAGCUAUGGCGGCACUUUGUCAUGGUAUAUCUUCUCUUUGUGCUCCUUCGCCGACUCCACGCGGCGAUAAGAGAUGGCCAUGGGGACUUUGAAGCGGGGCGAGCUCGGGCUUAGACAUUUUCCCCUUCCUUCCGUACUACUGCACACCAAACGACAGGAAUCCUCCCCAUAGCAAGCAACGAUGAAUGCCAAACCAGUGGAUCUAGCACCGAGAUGGAGGAACGGGAUGGGUCAUCACCGCCCACCCAAGCAGGUCCGACAUUACCAAUGGACAUGGCGUCGGACAAUGACGCUAUCGAUACAGAGUAUUACCCGGAAGGCGGCACCAAGGCAUGGCUCGUUGUGCUCGGUGCUUGGUGCGCCAUGAUCCCGUGCAUGGGGCUGCUAAACACCUUGGCUGUUCUUCAGGCAUGGGUCUCCCAGAAUGAGUUGUCGCAUCUGCCAGAAUCAACCACUGGAUGGAUCUUCAGUACCUACGCUUUUUUCCUGUACUUCUGCGGAGCCCAGACUGGCCCCAUCUUCGAUGCGCACGAUGUGAAGUUGCUGGUGAUCCCGGGGAGCAUCGGAAUCGUGGCGUCCAUAAUGUGCUUGAGCCUGUCAAAAGAAUUCUACCAGUUCCUGCUAUCCUUCGGCGUCCUCGGCGGCAUGUCAGCCUCGCUCAUCUUCAACCCAAGCAUAUCCUCCAUCGGCCACUGGUUUCUCAAGCGCCGCGCCCUCGCAACCGGCAUAGCCUGCACCGCCGGCGGCCUCGGCGGCGUCGCCUUCCCCCUCAUCAUCCUCCACCUAGCCCCGCGCAUCGGGUUCCCCUGGGCCAUACGCGUCAUCGGGUUCAUCAGCGCCGCAUUCGGCCUCAUGGCCUGCUGCCUCCUGCGCAAGCGACUCCCGCCAAACAAGAAGGCCGGCGCGUCCAUCGACCUGACGGCGCUGGUCCGCGACAGGAGAUUCGCCGCCACAACGGUCGCGGUCUUCCUCAUCGAGUUCGCCGUCUUCAUCCCUUACUCGUACAUCUCGUCGUACGCCAUCCGCGCCGGCGUCGAUCCGCAGAAGGCGUAUCGCCUCAACGCCCUGCUCAAUGUAGGAGCCAUCCCCGGCCGAGCCCUGCCGGGUUACGUGGCGGAUCGCUUCGGGCACUUCAAUGUCAUGUGCGGCACGGCGCUGGUGUGCACGGCGUUCAUCUUGGCGCUGUGGCUCACGUCCGCGGCGAACGAGGCUAUGAUCACGUCGUUUACUGUGCUCUAUGGGUUCUGGUCGGGCGCGGCUAUCAGCUUGACGCCUGUGUGUGUGGGGCAGGUGUGCAAGACUGAGGAUUAUGGGAAGCGGAGCGGGACCGCCUUCUUCGUUUGUAGUUUUGGUGCCUUGGUGGGGAUUCCGAUUGCCGGGGCUAUCUUGCAAGCUAAUGACGGGGAUUAUCAGGGGUUGAUUAUCUUCUGUGGGUGCUUUUAUUUCGCGGCCGUCGUUGCGUUUGCCGUCGCAAGGGGUAUUGCUGGCGGGUGGGGGUUGAGGGUUAUCUGCUAGACGAUGGGUUAUUAAGGA